AGGCCCGGGAUUGCCCGCCUCGGGGCGGGGCCGAGGAGGAGGAGCCCCCCACAAGGUCUCACUACGAGCCGCCUCCGAAUAAAGACACUUCAACUUUGCUGACCUCUCCUCAGUCACUGCCAAGCUACAGUGAGCAGUGUACAGCAAGGGAGAAGAAGGAAAAAAAAAGUGUACAGCAAGGAAGAAGACUUGUUUACGUAGUUUUUUAAUGCUUCUUUGCAUAAUUUGCCAGUGCACGGCGGUUUUUCAGCAGACAGGAUCAUUUUGAGCUUCCAAUGGGAUCCUUUUCUAUUUAAGACCCAGCAGCACCGCGCUCUGCCCAGGCGGCGGCGCAGCCAGGCCCCAGCUCCCGGAGUAGAUCCCGCUCCAGAUCCCAGCGCCCCCUGGAUCCACUGGUCCGGCUCCGGGCUUCAGGGCAGACUCAACCCCGCGCUGGGACCCCAGUGCGGACCCCGCUCUCCACCGAGACCCUACCCCCUGCCUGAACCCCGCUGGCUCUCAGCCCCGCGGGCCCUGCGGGCCGGGGUCUGACCCCCCUCAGCUCCCAUGCGAGCCCCCUCUUGGCCCCCCCCCGGGGCCCCUUUUGCACCAGACCAGGGCCAGAGGCAGCCAGGGGUAAGCUGGGCUUGGCCCCCCGUGGGGGCCCGGGGAGGAGGGGGCAGGGUGAAGGUGCAGCAGGGGAGACAGGUUGUGGGAACAACCAGAGGGGCAUUGCAGCCGCGGGGGGGUGCGGGGUGCCAUGGAGAGGCCACGGUGUGCGUGCAGGGUGCCAGGGAGGUUCUGGGCUGCAUGCAGCCAUCCCUUGGCAGUUGGAGCGGUUGGGCAGCAACUGGUGUUCCUAGCUCAGGGGUUUGUGCCCUUCACCUUCUCAUCGCCAUGCACAGGCUGCUGCUCCCCAGCCUCCUCCUGCACCUUCUGGGCUACCGCUGCUCCGCCUGGGCGGCAUUUGCGCCCCCAAGCUUCCAGCCCUUGCCACUGCUGGUCGCUUGUUCUGACCCCCACGGACGUGUCUAUCGGCGCCACGACAAUGAGCUCUGGGUCUCCUGCCUGUGGGACGGUGCCAUCCAGCUGCGCUACAGACCAGCCCCCGGAGCUGUAUCCACAAGCAGGGAGGGGCAGACUGAGCUGCCGCCCCCACCACGGUGCCACUGGUAUCGGGACUCUGCCUGGGUGCAGGACACCUUUCGCUGGUCAGGAUGGGUGGUGCUGGGUCCAGGCCUGGCUCGUGGGAGCCCAGCUCCACCCUGGGCCUCAAGCCGCAUCACAGUACAGUGCGUGUCGGCCUCAUGCACCGCACCAAUGUGCCUCCACCGCAAUCUGAGCAUUGAGGUUUCUGGACAAGAUGUGCGGCUUUUCCUGCUUUGGCCCCAGGGACUCCCCAUCCAGGAAUGGCAGCCAGUGCAGCUGGGCUGGUGUGCACGCCUGAAGAGCUCCCGCUGGCAUUAUCGCUUCAGUAGCCAUGGGAGCAGCCCCCCUGCACUUCUCAUCCCCAGCAACCAGCAUCGUGAGCCACCCCCAGCUUCUGCCUACCCCAGAGUGGAGAUGCACCAUGCCUGUGCCUCCUACUACAGCUACCACCUGACUCUGCGUUAUCAUCGCCCUGGCCUCUACAUUGUCUCAGUCAGCAUUGAGCAGGGGCCUCCCGUCAGACUCAGUCUGUCUCUGAGGGUGGAGCCUGCCUUACUCCAUGUGCUCAGCAUCCACCCUAAGAUGCUCAGUGUCUCUCAGCAGCCCCUCAGCCUGUCCUGGGAGCUCCAGACCCUUGGUCCCAGGACACUGGCUUAUAGCCUGCUGGAUGUGCAAGGUACAGGGAACUGGUCUACAUCCUACAAUCCUUUUGCCCGGCAGAGCAACUUCUGUGCUCUCCCCACAUCCCGGAAACUUGGCAAGAUGCUCAUAACCAGCAUAUACUUUCAUGUGGAUGGAGACUGGCUGGGGGAACUGGAAGGAGAGCUGAGUUUCUCUGGUGCUACACUGAGCCUGAAAACAAGCAGCCAGACUCCUGUGUACAUCACACUAAACCCCAAGACGACCAAAAUGAGCAUUUACAUUCUCAGCCAGGCCCAUGGACUCUAUUAUAUAACCCAAGAAAAUGAGGCCGGUGCUCCCAAUAAUGGUUCCAGCAUCCAUUAUGUACUCUUUCAACAGCAGAACUUCUCUUACCUACUCACAGUUGAAUUUGUCAAGUUGCAGUGCUACAAGUUCAACAUGCACCUUUAUCUGAACCGGCAAGGAGCCCUCUUCAGGUCUUUGGUAGACAGAGAUAUCGAAGUCCAUGUUUUCAACAGUACCCCUUCUUUUUUGCAGACUUCAAUUUACAUUGUUUGGUUUAUCCCUGUGCAACAUCCCAUGCUACAAUGUGAGUGGACCUUCAAUCUGCAGGUGUUUGGAUCAAAGAAAGAGCACCUCAUCCAGAACAGUACUUAUACUUACAAUGACCAUGUGAAAAAUGCAGCACACUUUGUCCGGCGUUCUGUUUUACCUUUUAAUCCUGCCCGAUACACAGGGUUUGUAGCAAGAGUGAACUGCAUCAGAAAUGGACUUGCACCUGCUGUGUUAAAAGUCACAGUCAACAAUUAUGCUUCCAAAGUCAUAGAGUCAUUGGUCUCUUGUCAGCGAAGAACCUGUUCCCUACAGACUGUUCAGAUCAAGAAACCUGAUCUCCCUGUUCCUGUCAUACGCGGUAGAAGGGAGGUGCUUCUUACUUUGUUUGUCAUCAUCCAGUCGAACUGCACCGGAAGUCUAGUUACAAACCCACUCUGGCAAAUUUAUGCUGUUCCAGACAUGACAACUGAACCAGACUUGACAAACCCUGUAGAUACACCCAUGAUCCGGAAUAAAAACAUGGUCUUUUUACCAAUACCCAAGCAUAGUUUAGAUACUGGCUUAUAUCUGAUUACUUUCUCUGUUAACGUAACUUCGAUAGUCACUUCACAAGUUCUGAGUGGAUCGGACCGAGUUUACGUUCAAAUUGAGUCAGGUGACCUGGUGGCAAACAUUAGAGGAGGCAGUUUCCGAACAGUGGGGUAUUCAGAUGAGUGGACUCUGGAUGGAUCUUCUUCCUCUGAUCCCGAUUCAUCAACAGGAUUAGAGGGAAUCACAUUUACUUGGUAUUGCAGCAAACAUGAAGUAGACUAUGUAAAUAUGCAAUUGAGUGCAAGCGGAGCCUGUCAUCCGGAUCAGGUGGAUUUGAAGUGGAUAAACUCCUCUGGUCCUAUUCAGACCAUUUUGCCAGAAACCCUUCCAGGGAAUGCCAGGUAUCAUUUUCGUCUCAUGAUUGAAAAAGGUGACAGAAACAGUUCUGCGGACCAAACUGUUAGUGUGCAGUCUGGACGUCCACCACGCCUGAAUGUUGUAUGCUUAGAAAACUGUGGUCGAAUUGUAAUUCCAACUGAUAGAUUUACUUUAUCUGGGAAAUGCCUAAACUGUAGAACUACUAGUCGACUAGUCUAUCGCUGGUCACUUUUAUCAGAAAGUCUCACUGAAAAAAGAUUUGAUUGGGCUUCCAAAACAUCAACAGGGAGGUUUACUGCAUACUUGUCUAUAAAUGCUCUAAGUUUUAUAGAUAUUGCAGACCAGUCAUAUACACUUGUCCUAAGAAUAACGACUGGGAGUGGUGCAUCAUCAGUCUACAGGUAUUCUUUUUAUGUCAAUUCUGCCCCUAAAAUUGGAAGGUGCGCAAUCAAUCCAACUGAGGGUAUUGCAUUCCAGACCACCUUCAUCGUUCAAUGUAGUGGAUUUUCAGACAGGAAUUUACCUCUUACAUAUAAAGUAAUAGCAGCUUCAGAUUCAUUAAAAACAAGUAAAAUCACUACUCUGGAGGAAAAUUCAUUUGGGACAAUAGUCUAUUUUGGUUAUAAACCGAAAUCCCCUCCUUCUUUUCUCCCUAUUGGCAUACCAUUCAAGAACUAUGCUCUUACAAUCUAUAUCCAAGUCUCUGAUUCUCUUGGAGCAUUUUCCCAAGUAAGUCUGCAGGCAACAGUGCGGGAUCCAACUGAAAAUAAACCACCAGAAGUGGUACUUAAUGAACUGUUGGCUUUAACCAGUGGGUCAGAUGCACCAAUGACAUCUUUUCUUGAAACUGGAGAUUUUUUUAAUGCAGGCUAUUUGGUCUAUAUGGUGGCCUCCCUUUUAAAUGAUGUUGAAGAUGCACCAGAUCUCCAGGUCUCUAAGGCUGAAUUUCGGGAAAGCCUUCUUAACAUAUCUAUAGGAAUUUCUACUUCCAGUAUAAUGGAAGUUAAUCAAGUAACCGCUUGCAUUUCUCAGAUUACAGAGGAAAUUAGUGAAGUCAAUGCUGAAUCACAACGUAUUUCUGUUAAUAAACUGUCAGAAGUGGGUGAGGCACUGAAAAGGCAUCGAAAGGGAAACCUUGGGUCUGAAGAAGCAGAGCUACUGACUGCUGGGGUACUAACGGGCUUAUCCAAUGUCUUGAGAGCUUCUCUUAACGAUGUCAAUGUGAAUGCAGUUAAACAAAGCUUCUCCGUCAUGGAAGAUUUAGCAGACAUUGUCUUACAUGGCAAAGUCCCUGGAAAAAGUGAAACGCUCAUGGAGUCCCAAACCUGGAAUAUGACACUAAAAAAAGAUGAAAAGUGGGAUGUUGCAAGUGCUUUCUCUGCCAGGAAAGAUUGCCAGAACUGUUUUUACCCGACGCUGAAACAGGAAAAUCAUUCAGAAUUGCCAGUAGAUGCUGUUAUUUCCACAGUUCUUUAUGAAUUUGAAGAGAACCCCUUCCCUUGGUUGGGUAACCUCUCUGAUAUUACAACAAUGGUCACUGGGUUCAAAAUGAUGGGCGCUAAGGCUAAUGGUGACAUCAUAGGGAUCGUUCCUGAAGUAGCAGAGAUGAUGAUUGCUAGAAAAGAUAAGGAUUCUGCAGCUUUUCAGCUGACAAUUGGACCUGAUAAGACACUCCCUCAAACAACUGGAAGAUUUGCUUUUGAAGUGAACAUAAACUCCAGUAGUAUAUAUAUCCAGAUUUUGACCCAAUUAAAAGUUUCUUUUGAGGUACUUCUAUAUGCAGAUUUUAAUGUCAUCCAUGACUCUCCAAUAGCUUCUUUUACUGCAUCUCCCAAAUUUCCUACAAGUGGGAAUAAGUCAAGGAGCACUGAUUGUGAGAUUCAGACUCCUAAUAUUAUCUGUCUCUCACCGGCAUUGCUAAGGGACACGGCCCCAGGCAGCGGGGCCAAUAGAUGGAAUGUCUCUGUUGUCUUGCAAACAAGCUCUGUUACACGGAAGCAAAACAAUGACUUGGUGAAAAUAGCCCUGUUUAAUGCUGAGUGUCUAGACCUAGAUGGAGUGCAGAGUCAGUGGGAAGAAGGCACAUGUACAGUUGGCCCUAAAACCAACUGGGAAAGAGUGCACUGUGUCUGCAAGAUGAAACCAGGCACGCGGUCAGCAGGAAGCCGCAUGAUCCCAGGGUCUUUGAAAGACAAUAUCAGAUUCCUGGCUGCCAAAGUGUUAGUCAUUCCCAACAUAGUAGAUCUGGAAAGUUCUCUUUUAGAAAACAUACCCAGGAAUCCAGUGACCCUUCUAACUGUGGCUUUAAUUUUUUUGAUCUAUUGUCUCUUGGCAAUCUGGGCCACGAGAAAAGACAGGGUUGAUAAACUCAGCAGAGACAGAGUUAUAGUUUUGCCUGACAAUGAUCCUUUUGAUAAAGUAUGCUUCUUAGUCACUUUAUACACAGGCAGUCGCUUUGGGGCUGGAACCACAGCAGAUGUUUUUCUUCAACUCAUAGGCCAACGUGGCAUCAGCGAUGUGCAUUGCUUACAGCACCCAAAUUAUCCAUUUUUGCUUCGUGGAGGUACAGAUACUGUUUUGCUAACUACUAAGAAUUAUUUGGGAGACAUUUAUGCUUUGCGGGUCUGGCAUAACAAUGCAGGGUCUUCUCCAGAUUGGUUUUUAAGCCGAGUCAAAGUUGAAAAUAUGUACACUAGAGAAUAUUGGUUGUUCAUUUGCAGAAAAUGGCUUGCUCUUGGCAAAAAGGAUCAUUUGCUGGACAGGACAUUUGUUGUUACAAAUCAAAAAGCACCUUUAGUAAAAAAGGACUAUUUCUUGAUAAAUUUUGCAAAUGACUUGAUAGAUAAUCACAUAUGGUUUUCUGUUUUUGCUCAAGUUGUCACCGGCUCUUUCAACAGGCUCCAAAGAUUGUCUUGCUGUUUGGCAGGAUUGUUAUUGACUCUGCUCAUAAACAUUAUGUUUUUUAAUGUUGAGAAGAAUGAAGACUAUUCAAUAGAAAUACGGUAUUUGAGAUCAAUAGCCACUGGAAUUGAAAGUGCUUUGGUUAUCAUACCGGUGCAAAUAAUUAUAACUGCAUUGUUUAAGUACUCCCAGAAGGAGCCACCUUCACAGAGAACAGAGCAGAAGCCCACAGAAGAAAGUUCACCCUUCAUGUCUGAAAACCUGAGGAACUGGAGGGAGCGCCUACAAAAAUGGUACCUUUCAGAAACUUCAGCACGAUCUGCGAGUCCCAGGUCUUUGGAGAACCCAUCCCAUUCCGGAAGUCCCUACAGUUCACAAGAUAUUAGGAAGGAAAAAAACCAAAGAAAAUCAAAUAACUGGAGUAACUGUGCCAUUUCUGAGGGUGCUGCAAAUGCUAUUGCAGCAGAGGAGGAGCAAGUACCAGCUGAGUCAACUCGAGAGCCAAAAACCCGACAGAAUCUAUCACCAAAUACCAAUUUCAGCAAUAAUUAUGCAGAACAAAAGGGCGAUGGCAGUAGGAAAGAAAGGAGGCCACUAAACAUUCCCUACUUGCGCUUUCGCAAGAGGCCAGAGAUAAUUUUUUCUUGGUGGUGCAUCUAUGUUUCUUGGGCAUUGAUCAUAGCAGUGGCUGGGGUGUCAUCAUUUUUCAUCAUAUUAUACGGUUUGUCCUAUGGCUACCAGACCUCACUGGAAUGGCUUGUAGCCUCCAUAACAUCAUUUCUUGAGAGUGUGCUGCUUUUUCAAACCCUCAAAAUUGUCCUUCUAUCUGCCCUAAGCGCAAUUAGACCAAAGUACUGUGUACACAUCCCAUGGUCAACCAGGGAAAACUAUCUUGAGAUUAAGUUGGAUGAUGUUACUAUGGAUGCAGAUGAGAUGAGAGAAAUGCAUUAUAAACUUGUGAAAGCCCGAGGCACUAAGCAGUAUCAGCCUUUAGAAGAAGUCGAGACUGCAAUCAUGUUGAAAAGAGAGAUGAUAAAAAACAAAGCUUUCAUUUUCCUAAAGGACACCAUCAGUCACUUUAUCUUUUUAACCCUUGUACUGAAUAUUGCUUACUCUGAAGAAAACACCAACAGUUUUUACUACAACCAGGUUACCCAUAAACAGUUUUCUCUUCAGCUGUCCAGUGUGGCACAACUAGAACACAUUUACUUGUGGAUGAAUAAUGUUUUUCUGCCUUUGAUCCACAAUGACAACCAACCAACCUUUCUUUCAGACAGCUGGUCCAAAAUCCUUGGUUUACCUAGGAUGCGGCAGGUAAGGGCUAAAAGCACUAAAAAAAAAUGUUUCCAGCCUGACAGCUUUGUAAAUAAAUUUGUGAUAAGUGAAAGCCAUUGUCUUCCCAUAUAUGGCAGUGACCCCGAAGAGAAAGGUGACCAUGUUAGGUCCUGGACAGAGGCUACCAACAAAUCCGUUUUCAGUGAUGCCAGCAGCUAUGCAGGAUUUACUUACCAGUCAAACAGAAAUCAAUGGACUUAUUUUUCAUAUGGAGAGUUAUAUACAUAUGGACCAGGGGGGUACACUUUUUAUUUUUUCCCUGAAGAACAACGGCCUAAUUCAACCAAAAGGCUGGAAGCUUUACAAAAUAGCAGUUGGCUUGAUGAAGAGACAUGGGCUGUGAUUGUUGAACUCACUACAUUCAAUCCAGAUAUACAUUUGUUUUGCAGUAUCUCCAUUAUAUUUGAAGUUUCUUAUUUUGGGCUCCUCAAUACAAGCUUGUCCGUACAUUCCUUUACACUUCCCAUUUUCCGCCAUCUAACUAAAAUCCAAAUGUUGGGCUUCUUGGCUGUCCCUGGUUUUCUCUUCAUUUAUAUUGCAGAUGAGAUUCACGUGAUAUACCAAAAAAGGAAAGAUUAUAUAAAAAAUGUUUCUAAUUUGAUCAACUUUAGCCUGAAGUCAGUGCUUUUUGUCUUUGUUGCUCUACAAGUUAUCAAAUUUAUGAUGGCAGAAGACAUAGUCAAGUUUUACUUAAUUCACCCAUACAAUUUCAUCCCAUUCCAUGCAGUGUCUCAUGUAGAUCAGACCUUGAGGAUAACUCUGGGCUUUCUGGCAUUUCUCAUUGUUUUGAAAACUCUCAGGUAUUCCAGAUUCUUUUAUGAUGUUCGCCUGGCACAAAGAUCAAUCUUGGCAGCUCUUCCUGGAAUCUGCUCCAUGGCACUUGUGGUGGCAGUGUACUUUUUUGUCUACAUGGCAUUUGGCUACCUAGCAUUUGGCCAGCACGAAUGGAAUUACAAUAAUAUGAUUCAUUCAGCUCAGACUAUAUUCUCCUAUUGUGUUUCAGCUUUCGAGGAUACUGAAUUUACAUCCAACCGCUUACUGGGUGGUCUUUUUCUAGCCUCUUUUAUGCUGGUGAUGAUCUGUGUCUUGAUUAAUUUGUUCCAAGCUGUUAUUAUGUCUGCCUAUGAAGAUAUGAAACAGCCGGUAUAUGAAGAACCAUCUGAUGAGGCAGAAGUGGUUACCUUUCUAGUUCAUAAGAUGAGAAGGAUAUGGUAUUACAUCACCUGUAGGACACCUUCCACAAGUGAUCCUGAUCUUUUUCACAGUAUACUGUAUGGACAACCUGAGAGGAGGAACUACCAACAUUUAGGGCUCAAAACCAAAAAAAUAAAUGGAAAGAAAAUGGUUUAUCUUGUCAUAUAGAUAAUGCAGGGUGUUAUAUGCAGUAAGAACAACUGCAAAGAUUGUCCAAAUAUUACAGAGAAAAUAAAUUAAUUUGCCAGGUGAACACCGAGAACAUUUUCUAAAGCAAUGUGAGGGAAUUCUCAACAUUUAACCACUCAUGACAAGUUCUCCUAUUUAUCCCAGAAUCCUAUGGCCCAAUUUCCAUGAUACUUUAAAACAGGCACCAAUUUCUACAAUAAUUCAUAGGUUGCAGGUGAGGGAUCAGUUCAGUAGUUUUGGGGUCAUUCUUCCCUCUAAUGACAAUAUGAUUGCAAAUUGGGGCUGAUCAAAUUUGCUUUGAACAGAGGAUUCAAAAUGUACCAAGAAUUUCUUGACCCACAGUUUGAUGGCUACCCUUAACAAACUGCAAUCUGAAAAUAUAAGAAAAAAUAGGACAACUUUUAGUAAGUCUACUUAGCAAUUUAAAAUACUUCAAGCCUAAAUUUCCCUAACAAAGGAAUUUAACAAUGUUAUAGUUCUCAAGAAAAUUGGUAUUGAACAAAAACUCUAAAGUUUAAUAUUUUCUGCAUCUUUUCAGUACAAUUUUGUAUUUUUCUACUGCACCCGAAUAUUAGUUAAUGUUACCUUUUGCUAAGUGAAGACUAUAAGGCCCCAUCUAUAUGUUACACUUAAAGUGUGAUUAACCGUUUAAUCAUGCUGUAACUUGUGACCUAGCUGCAAACUAGCUAGCUUUAUCAGCUGCAGGGCCUACAGAGGGGGCAGUGGGGAAAAUGCUGCCCAUCCCCAUAUUGCUCACUGCGAGGGCAGUGGGGGGAAUGCUGCUACCACUGCAAGCUUAAUCAGCUGUGGGACUUGCACCAGUAGGCAGAACACUACCCCUGCUGUGAGCCUUGGCGGCUGCCUGGCUCAGAAGGAGGGCACCAGAGGGAAUGCUGCUGCUACUAUGAGCCUCUUCAGCAGUGGGGCUUGCAAUAGAGGCAGUGGGCAGAACAUUGGCACCGCUGUGAGCCUGGCCAGCUGUGGCGCUCACAGCAAUGGGAGCUGGUGCAGAGGGAGCCUGGGAUCGCAAUCCUGGGCUCCCCCUACACCAGCAAAAAGGUGUGAUAGGAUCUGAUGGUGGAUCCCACAGUCAUGCUGUCUGCCACGCAUAUGUGGUAUGGCAGGAGGUGUGACUGUGUGGAUUGAGCAUCUAUCUUAUCGCGCCUUUACCUGACCAUCUGGACUAGCCCUAAGAGACCAAUAGGUACACGCAAGAAGAAAGGAUUUGCUUCAUCGCAUCAUACAGAAGAACUGCCUUGAAGCUUGUUAGCUGUAUCCCACAGUCAUGCCGCCUGCCAUGCAUGUUUGGCAUGGAAGGUGUGACUAUAUAGAUUGCACAUCCAAUCCUAUUACACUCUUACUUGAAUGUCUAGAUGGAUACAAGAGACCAAUAGGUACAUGCAAGAAGAAAGGAUUUGCUUCAUUACAUCCUACAGAAGAAAUGUCUUGAAGCUUGUUAGAUAAAACUCAUGAUAAACCCUUUUUCUGGUAUCUCUAUGUUGUUUGCUUUACAAAAUUCAUGUGGACCAGAAUACUUCAUCAUCCUCAUCUGUAAAGAUGCGACUGAGUUUAGUGUGUGUGUGUGUGUGUGUGUGUGUGUGUUCACAUCUUGUGUGGAAACAUUGUCUUACUGCAUCAUUUGAAUAAAUUCUAAGUCUAUGUUCUGUUGCUAGAAGUGGGGGUUUUACCAGACAAACUUCUGAUAUUACUGAAUAUUCAUAGAGAAUUUCUGGUUUGAGUUAAUUUUAAAAUAUUGUCUGAACAUGUUGAUUUUAUUAAAUACAUUUGUAUUACAUGUGUGCAUUUUUCUAUCAGAAAUCAGAAGUAAAUGAAACCUUACCAGCUUCCUCAGAACACAUGACUAUUUCUUGCUAAUAUAACUACCUAAGUGAGGCUCUGUCAGUAACUGGCACUGAAUACAGAUUCAGACUUUAUCUUGUGAAAAGAUCAGAGAUGGAUGUCUCAGAAGCAUCUACAGCAGCUAACAUUCACAUUUUGAUGGCUGUGUCCCUUCCGCAUUUGAUUUAUAGAGCUAAUCAUAUGAUUAAUGUUUAUGAAGUCACUGAAAGGUGCAAGUAAAACACCUAUUCAUAAGGCUUGAAUAUAUUUGUGGGGGAAUUUUUUAUAUAGAAUAUGUUUUGCUAUUAAUUUUUAAUAUUCUUUGACUGUCCUCAGUGAGUUGUUUCUCUGAUAUGAUGCAUAUGUCCUUUUGGGCAUAAUUAUUCUUUUUUCUGCAAUUCUGCUAUGUGUUAUCUACUCCUGGUAGCUCCUAUUUCACAGUCCUGCAGACUAACAUAAGAAACUAACAUAAGAAAUUGAAGGAUCAGAAAAAGUCUCAUUAGUGAAAAUCUAAGUGAUCCAGGUGAACAUUUGGCCAGGAUCUAAAAGUUGUAUAUGUUAUACAUAGCUAAGGGAGGAUCCAUGGGGAGAUGCAGUUGCACCUUGCUUUGAUUCCUGGUCCACUCAAAGUUUAAAACAAGUUGGCAGUGGCAGCAUCAUUUCUAUUCAGGCAGCAGUGAGGGUGUCACAUGACUUGGUGGCUCAUUGUAGUUUACCUGAUUCUUUCUGAUCUCUUCAUUCCAGCAUUAAUGACCCUCUCUUCUUUCUUAAUGUUUUAAGUUUCCACUAAUCAAGCUAUUCUUUUUUCUGUAGUUCUGCUGUCUGCUAUUUAAUCCUGGUAAAGUAGCUCUUAUUUCAUAGCCCUGCAGUUUGUUUUUAACUCUAGCUAAAAACAUUAAUUCAGUUGUGGAAACAUUAACUCUGGUGAACACUAAAACACAUGUGGAAAUAACUUCCAGUUAUUGGAUAGAUACACUGUCAAGAUGCUUAAGAGGCUUGAUUUUCUUUUAUGAUUCUAAAGUUGUACAAUGAAUUCUAAUAACUACAGGACUAAGAAACAAUAUUUAAUUUUUUUCUUGCCUAGUUUGUUGUGUUUUUAAUACGUAACAUAUGAUACAGCAAAUUAAUGUACAAUCCAAUGAAGUGAUAUUUGUUUUUGCUUUGAUCUUAAACUGAAUAAUAUAGCCCUGGGUCCCUAGCAUAUUAGUAAAGCUUUUAAUUUCUUUUUACCUGGAGAAAAAAGUGUAUGAUGCUGCACUGCACCGUUUGUACCCCACUUUUCAAAAUCCUAGAUGUGCCUAUAGUAAUAGCUAUGGCAAUUAUUUCGGUCGGCGGGCCACUUAAGUUUUGGUGAGCUGUCGAGGGUCUCACACAUAAAAUCUUUCAAAAGAUAUGUUAACAAAUUAUAGAUAAAAAACAAAAAAAUCAUAUACUAAAAAGCAAACAUCUAUUAUAACAUUUUAAUUUCAUUUAAAAUAUUUUUCAUUCUGAUUUAUGUUUUUUUUAAUAGUGUAUAUAAAGACGAUUACAUCUAUGUUUCUACCAUAGACAAAAGAUGAAUUACUGACUGAGAAAAGUAGUACUUUGUCCCAGUUCACACAGAGCUUUAAUGAAAGUGUUGCUAUCAAUACUGAGGAAAUAUCAUGAAUGGAAAAAGAACUCAUCAAAACUAGUUCAGAGGAGUCUUUGGUCAGUUACAAACUUGCAUCUGUGACCCACUCAGUCUCUAGUGAUGCAUACAAAUCAGUCAACACUAGAGUCAUAACUGCAAUCAUGCUAUAAAGUUUCCUGCAACUAGACUGGUUAGGGAAUCAGAUUUUAUUAGCUGUUUUGGUGAUCUGUUAUUUGGUUUGUUUAUAAGAAGCCUUACACAGACAUUAGGAGCUCUGGAACCCAAGAGCUUUAUCAUAAAUAAUGAUGGUAUGUAUGCCCAACUUUAACUUGGAGGCAAAUGUGACAUCAACCUGUUUCUAUGCCUCUGGGAUGAGUCUGGAGCUGCAAAGCAAAGCCCACCUUUAAACAUGAGAGCCAAGGAAUAAGAAAGGAGGUCUCCUGAGUUUUCAGUCCAUCAUUAUUUCAUCCUUUGCUCAUGCCUUACUAAAAUUCAGAGAUCAGCAUCUUUUUUAUGAACUUUAACAGCUGCAACUUAUUUGAAGCUGAAAGUUUCGUUUAGGGUCUUGUUUAGCUAAAAUGCACAAUCUAAUUUCACAGCCCUAUAUAUUAAUAUUAUCCCUUCAUAUAUAUGAAUUCAAAACAAUCUUUUGACUUAAUUAGUUAUCAUUUAAGAUGGGAUACUUGUUGGUAGCUAUAUUGAGUUUGAUUAUGAUCCCAGAUCUCACAAGCAUUCCCUUAUAAUCCUUAAUGCUAUUUGUGUUAAGAAUGAUCUCCCCUGCUCUGCCCUAGUCUUCUGGAGAUCAUUUUUUUCCACAUUCACAUUAUUUCUUCAGGAAAUGUGCUUUUUAUCUUUACAACACUUUACAAACCUUAAUUGAUAAGUAAUUUAUUUGAUUUCAGGUGUGAAAUAGUUUUGACAUUUAAGAUCAUGGUUUUCAUAUGCCACUGAAUAAAGAUUGUUGUAAGAUCACA